GAAAGAAAUAACAAAUUGAAAAAGGAAAAAGGAAAACGUUGGCGGGCGGCCCCCUUCCCGGAGCUAAAUGCUGAUCCUCCGAGGUACCAAGCCACCGCGACUUGGCACUAAGACCCCGGAACUCUCCAACACCCAACAGCGGCGACCACACGACCAAUAUUUUGAUACAAGGCCGCUGAUUCUGUAUGUACAAGUGUACACGGCCUACAAGACAAUAACAUACCUCAGCGAGAGUAGAAAAAAUGCCAAGGAAAAACAGCUACUACACCAUACGGGGUUCGAGUUGUCAUGGAAGCGAAGGUGAAUCAUUGUACGAGCGUCGAGGAAGCAAGAAGUCACAAGAUAGGUGAUCGCCGAAUGCAAAUACAAAGAUUCAUAAAAGCCAAGAACUUCGGCGCGUGAUGCUAUGCGUAAAAAACGUUUUUGACUUCUACUAGUGCAUGGAGUAUUCCACUGACGAUAUCGCAGCAGCAAGGAGCUUGCAGUUCACUAUGUAUAUAUAUACGUCGUUGGCUGCAUUCUGGACCUAUGAUUAUGUGUGUUCAAUUCAUGAAGAGUGGACAUAUUUGCUUCAAUCGCACUGGGGCAGGAUGAAAGGCAUGUAUAUCGUUACACGAUACCUCCCCUUUAUCCUUCUCGCCACGGAUCUGUAUCUGAGCUUUACCCCGGAUGAAAACCCAGGUAAAUGCCGGACGUUGGACAGUAUUAGCUCAGGGUUAGGCAUGCUACUAGCCAUUUGCUCCGAGUGCUUUUUCAUCCUUAGAACAUAUGUGCUCUGGGACAACAAUAGAUUCUUGCUCGCAGCCAUGCUGUCCACCUUUUUUUGUUUUAUCGUAGCAUCCUUCAGCAUUGCCUUCGUUACUACCGUCCCUGCAGCACAUGCGACUAGCACGAUCCCAGGAAUUACAGGAUGCUACCGAAGUUCGACCAGUUACCAGCUCUUCAUACCAUUUCUUCUCCUUUUUGUAUUCGAACUGGGACUCAUGAUCCUCACGUUUAUACAUGCCAUACAGAACUGGCGGACAAACCCAAACCGUCUGUACGCUAUCCUGGUGAACCAUAAUCUAUCCUAUUAUGCAUGCGGUCUUCUGUUCUCGGUAGCGAACAUAUUCACAUCGCUGCUCCUUCAUGACGCCUACCAGACCAUUUUGGAUUGUUUCCAGUUCAUGGUCCUUGCAAUCCUCGCCACGCGCAUGCACCUCUAUCUCUGGCAGGUGAACCGACAAACACAUGGCUCUGGAGACUUUACGCAUAUUCCAAUGUCCGACCUGUCGUUUGUGACUUGCACGGUGUAAUAUCUUAUCCUAUGACUUGUUCGUGGAGCGAGGCUUGAUCUAGUUCGUUACGUUCUUACUUUAUAGGGUGUCUGUCUCGGGAUGGGAAGAGUAUUUGGCCUAUUUAAUACCUGUAGUUUCCACUGUGAGAGGCAGCGGGUUCAGGAUCUAUGAUUGGAGCGUGUUAGAGCCAAACGCACAGCCUGACGGCAACGAACAUUAUGGUACAGGCUUAAGCAAACACA